GCAGUAAGGAUCAAAGACCUAUACCAGAGAUAACGCGCUACACUCUACAUCGUGAACUUGACUGGUACUUGAUGGGAAACAUCACUGCUACUGGAUAACUAUUAUUGGUGCAUUCCGUGCAACAUUUUCACAUUGCAGUCAUCGCCGACGAAAUCACCACAUACAGUUUUGCUCCUUGUUAACAACUCAUUCUCCCAUAGCUUAAUACAACUUCUAUAACACUAUAUUAGAUGCUGUUGGAAGGAGUGAUACUUCGGUUAGUGAAUAUAUUAACGUUACAUCCGGAAUAAGUCAUUUGGAAGUCGAUGAAAGACCGUUUUUAACUGCCUCAAACUUUUGGAACUAUCCUAAACUGGUCAUUUUGAAAACUGCGGCUUGGUAACAUUUGAGUGUCGCAGAAGCGUUAAUUACGGGAUUCAAACUUGGGAGAAAAGGAAAUGAAUAUGGAGAAGAUCAUUGUCUUUCUGGUCGUCGUCGCUAUGGUUGUGUCAGUAGACCCGACGUCAGCCCCGACCACGGAAAUGACCACCAUCAUAGUUACAGGUACAUCAAUAAUCACGUACACAGGAGAAACGACAGGUACGCCUAAAGAAACAACAUCUUUAAUUACCACAGCCGGGAGGACAGAUAAAGAUACAACAACGUCGCCAAUGACAGCAUCCACAGCCGGGACGACAGGUGAAGGUACAUCAACGUCGCCAAUGACCGUUUUCACCGCCGAGACGACAGAUAUAGAUACAACAACGUCACCAAUGACCGCAUCCACCGCAUCCACAGCCGGGACGACAGGUGAAGAUACAUCAACGUCGCCAAUGACCGUUUUCACCGCCGAGACGACAGAUAUAGAUACAACAACGUCACCAAUAACCACAUCCACCGCAUCCAAAGCCGGGACGACAGGUGAAGAUACAUCAACGUCGCCAAUGACCGCAUUCACCGCCGAGACGACAGAUAUAGAUACAACAACGUCACCAAUAACCACAUCCACCGCAUCCAAAGCCGGGACGACAGGUGAAGAUACAUCAACGUCGCCAAUGACCGCAUUCACCGCCGAGACGACAGAUAUAGAUACAACAACGUCACCAAUAACCGCAUCCACAGCCGGGACGACAGGUGAAGAUACAUCAACGUCGCCAAUGACCGCAUUCACCGCCGAGACGACAGAUAUAGAUACAGGAACGGCAACUGGGCCUGUGGAUGAAAGAACGGUCAAGUCGACAAUGGCGACAACGCCCACGGUUGGAACGACGUCUGUUUUAACUACGGUGAGUGUACAGCCAACCGAAAACCACAAGACGGAAGCUAAGACGGAACAACAAACAGAACCUUUGAAAGUAGGCCCGAUCCCAGAAGCAAUAUUGCCAAAUAUAGAUGGGGAUUUCGAUAAAACCUAUAAAUUUGAGAUUGCGAUAGAAGAGAACUCGACAAAGGGAUGUACGAGUGACAACCUUACCACUGAAGCAUGUCGAAUCUUCAAGUCUAAUGUUACGCUGGAGUUGGAAGCUCUAUAUGGAGAAAACAGUGCCUUUGUGUCCGUCGAUGUAACCUUAAGAAAUGGAAGCGUCAUCGUAAGUCAUAUUGUGACUUAUUCGUAUAACCUCAUGUCAGAUGAAGAAAGAAAGAUGUCGGCGCAAGACGUCUACGACGACACCAUUGGCAAAGCAGUAGAAAAUGGGAGACUAGGAAAUUAUGCAAUCGAAAAGGAUUGUGGGAGUUGCUCACCUCAUGCAGAAACCAGUGAUGACAUUUGUAGUCGAAAAGAAGAUGUAACGUGUACAUACGGUUCCAGUGCAACUUGUGAAACUGGGUACUGGAUUUGUGAAUCGAAAUGCAUCUCCGAUGGAGGAUACUGUAACGGCGGUGGUAUCUGUUGGCAAGAAGACAUAAAUAAGGAACCAAUCUGCAGCUGUGAUUGGGCCAACGGUGAAUGGUACUGGGGUUACAAGUGCCAGCAUCACGUCGAUCAAACAUACCUGAUCAUUGGAUGCUCGUGUGGGGGCGCUGUAUUGCUCGUACUUCUUGUUUCAAUUAUUGGUUAUCUGUACGCAAAAACAGUGGACAAAUCUGAGAAGACUAAGAAAUCGUCCGUAGAAGGCGAUGACGUCAUCAAUGCCUUUCAAAAUAACGGUUUUGUUAAUGGCACCGAGAACAUCUUCCCGCCCAUUGAUGAUAUCGAUGAUGGUGAUAUCCUACAGCGUCGACGACCUUAUUCAUACAUCUACCACAAAGGGGAUGAUCCUACUGAUAUGACGUCAUCCAGCUUUAUCACCAAACAAAAACAAAAUGGCGGUGUUGGACAUGAGGGCAAAAGAGAAAGUGGACUAGAAGUGAUCGAUGACUCUUCAAAGCGUCACUCUCAAUCUUCAAAUACUGGAUCUCAUCAGGAGAUAAUUAAUUCAGAGUUCUGGGGCAAUUCGGCUGCUGAACAUGUCAAGCUUGAACCAUUCCUCACCAAUGCUGAUGAUAGCGAUGAUGGUGUUCCUCACCCAAACCAGUAUAAGAUUCAGCGACCUCGAAUCAGCAAUUAUUAUUCAUUUGGCAACAAUGAAGUACGUCUGUCCAUGGAUCCCUCUGGCUAUCAGGGCUUUCCGGAACCUGACUAUGGACAAAGAUGAGCAACGGAUCUCCACUGAGAAACACAAGUUCUGUUGGAAAAUUCUACUCCGUAUUCGAAAAGGAUUUUAGCUGACAUAAUAUCACGAAAAAAAUAUCGUUAGAAUUUUUGCAUAAUUCUGGUAGAAAUGAAGGAAAUUCCAGAGUUGAAAUGAUAUUUGUAGACACUAUUUUUGGUCAGUUAUGGUAACAUUUAUUGGGAACACUGAUGAUAUCAUUUGGACUUUCGUCAUUUAUCUUUGGUUAGACUACACCCCAGUGAUUGAACAUAACGCCAAAGAGUGUAAAUGUAACAACCAAAGGUGUUUUAACAAUAUACCUAUAGGUGUUAAACUAACACUGUAAAUUUAACACCGGUGUAAAAAUCCUCUGUGUGCAACUGUUAACACCAUAUAUUUUGCUUUUUAUGGCUGGAAUAAUGCUAUUUUUAAUCUGGAAAUUCUGUACUAUUAAGUCCCCUAAAUGACUAGUUUUAUUCUUCUGGGGCCAACGAUAAUAACGAAAGGAGCACCCUUGGUGUUCACAAAGUUACAAACAGUUUUACGUAUUGUGUUUCUCAGUCACUUUUGUCCAUGAAGCUGACGUAAUUAUGCAAAGUUGAUAUAUGCUCCUACUGUAAAAAAAAUUGUAAUAUGCAUACUAGUUUAUUUGCCACAGUUCAUAAUUAUCGUAGGCGGCGAUUUCAUGAUAUAUUUCUUUUGUCUAUUUUUUUGUCUUUUUUUUUUUGGGGGGGGGAGACGACCCUUUCACAGACGAAGUGAAGGCCCGCCUUUUCGCUUGUCAUUUUAUUACCAAGAAAAGGUGAUUAAUUUGGAUGACCUCUUUUAUGCUUGGCAUGUUUUUUUUUUUUAGAAAUAGUAUGCAAUAUUGGAGUUACAUUUGUUUUUAUUAUCCAAAGAUUGUUAUUCCUUCACUCAUUCUAACAUUAUGAUGUAUUAUCCACAAAUUAUGAUCAAUUUGUAACUACUUCCUUCGUACUUCCUUCCUGCUAUCUUGCAUCCUUGCCCACAAAUUGCUAAUCUGAGAACUUGCCAUGAAUAUGCUAUCGCUAGUAAAGUUAACAUUGCUGUUCCUUCCAUGUUAGCACGGUAAUCAUUAUGUAAGAGUGAUUUAUUUACCUUUUAUCCAUUUCGCAUAAAAUAUGGACUAAUUACUUGGAUUUGUAAUACUACAAAUAUUGGACAUGUAGUGAAGGUUAUCCAUAUUUCUAAGUGCACUUAUGGAAAGGUGUUGAUUUGCCUUUUUUGUUUGAAACAUUUCUCAGAAAAAUAUAGGCAGCACUUGAUUCCAGAUUUUGUAAUGUAUUCCUUUUUUAGAAAGUACUGAAAUAAUAUUGUUAAGACUUGAAUUUUAAAUCACGUAUUUGUGUUUAUUUUUCUUGAUAAAGUUGAUUGAACGUCUGACGUGAAUAAUAUAGGAAUACAAUGAACUCACGAGUACACGAUUAUAAUAUGAAAAUUUGAUUUAAGAUUAGGCCGAUGGGCCCCUAAGGCAUGGUUAACAAACCUAUAUGACGGUGAUGUAUAAUAUAUAGGGAUGGAAAUGUUUUUGGUCCGUUAGAUCACUUCUCUUCAUUAUGCUAGGAGUUUUAAUCAAUAUAUUUUUUUGUCUAUUUACAAGCUAUGUUUUAUAUGUUCUCCACAAUUCACAUUAUUACAUUUUCAUGUCAACUGUAAUGUCAUUUUGUCAUUAUAUUAAGUUUGUAUUCUGUUCAAAUUGAAUAAUAUGUAUAUUUUGAGGUAUGUGAAACAAUCAAAUUAACACGGUGAUAGAUUUAAAACUUGUUAGCUAUCAAGCAACUUGAUGUUUAAGGUUACCCUGUUAACAUAUAAAUCACAUUUCGUAAAAUUAUUCGUGAUGACACUUUUUAAAAAACAUUCAUGUAGAGUAUAUAUGCAUUCUUGUAUAAGUUUAAGAACAGUACAAACUUUUUUUAUGUAUAAAAGUUUAUGUUAAAUGACAAUAUGCCUAAUUUAAUCAAACGCUAUAUAUAGUAGAUAAGCUAAAUUGAUGUGUGUAUAUAUAUAUAUAGCACAGAUUACAAUGUCAUGGAUUGAUGUUAUCGUAAAAAAAAAGGAAAAUGGCAACAGAUCCCAGAUACAUCUAUUUCUUCAUAGUGAAAUAAUAUUGAUUAGACUACUGGCAUAUUUUUGUGUAUAUAAAUGAUACAACUUUUAUUGGUAAAUAUCAAGCAAAGCCUAAAGGUGUCAUGUUCCAUUCAGUACUAUUUUCAAGCUUAUGUUACUUUUUUGCGUGAAUGACAAGAUUUAUAAUUGAACUGAAGUUUUAUAAAUUUUGCUGUAUAUAGACCUUCUUUAAAUUUUGGUGUUGUUUGGUUUUAUUUACCAUAUAAAAUCACAACAAAAUACAUUGUACAAGACUAUGAGAUUAAAUAUAAAAUAAAUUAACACUUUAAAAGAUAAAGAUGACUCACUCUAUUCAGAGCCAUUGAUAUAAUAAUGGCUCUGUUCUUCCAAGAGGUAGAGUAUAAACCGUA